AUGAAAUGGAAAAAGAGCCCGACAGAGUUCCUACCGGAGAAGACAUUCUUGGUGAUCAAGGAUGAUCUGAGCAUGCUGGAAAAAAAAGGACAACAACGGGGAAAAUCGAAGACCCCGGACACCGGCACAUGGCCGCCUAAAUGUAAACGCGACCAAUCCCUUUAUGACGACCCGGAACGGCCGAAGACUGCGAAUCUCGAGAAACCAAGUGUCCUGGACCCAAAGCUGGUCGACAAACUGGACAUGUCGUUGUUGAGCAAAGAGCUGUUCAGCGAUUCCAUGACACGGUACCGCCACGCCAAAGCAAUUAGUGGGGGAGCGUCGUCGUCAAGGUGUCGGGAAAACGUCACUAUCGGUGGCGAGCAACAGCAACAACAACAGAGACCAACGUCAAACGGCACGGGGACGGCGUCGUGGGGCAACAACAACGGUUUCGCUUCGGUGCGUCACAAACGACGUAGCUUCGAACAGAUCCUUGACGCGAGAAUCGGUCAGCUAGACGUCACCGCGGAGUCGCCGAGGAUGCAGAAGCAGGCACGUAUCACCGGGCAGGAUGUCCCCAGGAAGACCACCAUCGACAACAGAAAACUGGAUGACAAUAAUAAUAGAAACGGAACGACCGGCCAUAAAGUUCCUUCGUUGUCUACACUGAAGAAAAAAGUUUCGAGGCCGACGAUACAAAAUGAUCUGGAGGUGUUCACGUCCACGUCAAGCAGAGGCGCGCCAGAGCCGUGCAAAAGUUGCGGUAAGCCGGAUCAGCCGGAGCGUUUUCAUAGUCAUCCGAAGGGCACGCAACAAAAGCUGAAGGACAGCCCGACGAACUCGAAGACGAAGACCACGUUCCCGAAGUCGGUUCAGAAGCCGGUCGCCUUGAAUUUUCGUAGCGAUAAGAAUAAGAACAGGGUCGAGGAAAUAGUUCAGGAGGGAAAGGUUAAAUCGUACAGCCCUCGAGGGCCGGAUAACCCGCCGAGUAGACCAUCCUCGGCGCCUGUUAAGAAAGGGCCAAGGACUAUUACUUGUUACAUCUGCGGCCGCGAGUUUGGCACCGCCAGCUUUCCUAUUCACGAGCCCAGGUGCAUGCAAAAAUGGGAACGAGAAAAUAACUCCUUGCCCGUGAACCAAAGGCGUCCAACGCCUCAAAGGCCCGACGUAGCGAUCGAUCAUUCGGAAUGGAACGCGGUCGCAUGGGAACAGAGUCAGGCGCAAUUGCUGCCGUGCCCGAAAUGCGGAAGAACGUUCCUGCCGGAACGCCUGUUGGUGCACCAGAAAAGCUGCAAAGCAUCGCCAAAGAAUUCCGAUAUCGAGAAAUCGGAGAGCUCGACCACGGAGAAAUCGGUGAACGCCUCGCGUGCAGGACCGCCGACCGUCACCUGCCAGAACUGCGGCCGAAAUUUCGGCACGAAAAGCAUCAGGAUACACGAGCCCCAGUGCGUUAAGCGUUCCCAAGUCGAGAAUGUGAGACAACCAGUCCAUCUGCGUAAGAAAGAACCGCAUGUGCCGGCGAAGCUGGAGACUGUCAGCAUGCAAGAACUUUCGACCAGCCCAACGGGGGAUCAGCAGAAGAGGACGGUUACCUGUUACAUAUGUGGCAGAGAUUUUGGAUCGAGUAGUAUAACGAUUCACGAGCCACAAUGCUUGAAGAAGUGGCACGCGGAGAACGACAAGCUGCCGUCUGGUCAGAGAAGGAAAGAGCCGCAGAGGCCUGACGUGAUCUAUAAUCGUGAUCCGGAAACAGGGAAUGCGGUAAUAGACGUGAUGGCGAUGGCGGAAGCUAGCUGGAAAUCGCAUUUGAACCAACUGGUCCCGUGCAAACAUUGCGGAAGAACAUUUAAUCCUGAUCGUGUAAUCGUUCAUGAACGCAGUUGCAAAGGAAAUCGCUAA